CCACCGCAGCUGCUGCUGCUGCUACUGCUGCUGCCAGUGGCCAGUAGCUCAGAGGCCGAGCAUCGCCUGUUUGAACGCCUGUUUGAAGAUUACAACGAGAUCAUCCGGCCUGUGGCCAAUGUGUCUGACCCAGUCGUCAUCCAGUUUGAAGUGUCCAUGUCUCAGCUGGUGAAGGUGGAUGAAGUAAACCAGAUCAUGGAGACCAACCUGUGGCUCAAGCAAAUCUGGAAUGACUACAAGCUGAAGUGGAACCCCUCAGACUACGAUGGGGUGGAGUUCAUGCAUGUACCUGCACAGAAGAUCUGGAAGCCRGACAUUGUGCUGUAUAACAAUGCUGUUGGGGAUUUCCAGGUGGAUGACAAGACCAAAGCCUUACUCAAGCACACAGGUGAAGUGACUUGGAUACCUCCAGCCAUCUUCAAGAGCUCGUGCAAAAUCGAUGUGACCUACUUCCCAUUUGAUUACCAAAACUGCACCAUGAAGUUCGGUUCCUGGUCCUACGAUAAGGCGAAAAUCGACCUGGUCUUGAUUGGCUCCUCCAUGAACCUCAAGGACUACUGGGAGAGUGGUGAGUGGGCCAUCAUCAAAGCCCCAGGUUACAAACAUGACAUCAAGUACAACUGCUGCGAGGAGAUCUACCAGGACAUCACAUACUCUCUGUACAUCCGGCGACUGCCCUUGUUCUACACCAUCAACCUCAUCAUCCCCUGCCUCCUCAUUUCCUUCCUCACUGUGCUCGUCUUCUACCUGCCCUCCGACUGCGGAGAGAAGGUGACACUCUGCAUCUCUGUCCUUCUCUCCUUGACCGUGUUUCUACUGGUGAUCACUGAGACCAUCCCAUCCACCUCCCUGGUCAUCCCCUUGAUUGGGGAGUACCUCCUGUUCACCAUGAUUUUCGUCACCUUGUCCAUCGUCAUCACAGUCUUCGUGCUCAACGUGCACUACAGAACCCCAACCACGCACACAAUGCCCACCUGGGUGAAGACGGUAUUCUUGAACUUGCUCCCUAGGGUCAUGUUCAUGACCAGGCCGGCCAGCAAUGAAGAAAACACUCAGAAGCCAAGGCCCUUCUACAGUGCCGAGCUCUCAAAUCUGAAUUGUUUCAGCCGCACAGAAUCCAAAGGGUGCAAGGAAGGCUACCCCUGCCAAGAUGGGAUGUGUGGCUACUGCCACCACCGCAGGGUCAAAAUCUCAAAUUUCAGCGCAAACCUCACUAGAAGCUCCAGUUCUGAAUCUGUUGAUGCUGUGUUGUCCCUCUCUGCCCUGUCACCAGAAAUCAAAGAAGCAAUUCAAAGUGUCAAAUAUAUUGCCGAAAAUAUGAAAGCACAGAAUGAAGCCAAGGAGAUUCAAGACGACUGGAAAUAUGUUGCCAUGGUGAUUGAUCGCAUUUUUCUAUGGGUUUUCAUCCUGGUGUGCAUUUUAGGGACAGCAGGAUUGUUUCUGCAACCCCUGAUGGCCAGGGAUGAUGCGUAAGCACUGACCUGUGUUUGCCUGAGGUUUACCUGUGUGUGUUUUUAGGGAGGAAGAUGUCUGUUUCUUAAUAGUAAUACAUUUUCUGUUACCAUGCUACCAGCUUUGAUUUUGGCAUUUCAAGAUUUACUUACUGCCCUGGUUUUUGGCCAAAAAGGAAAGGAAAAAAAUCAUGCAAAGAAACCCAGCAAGAAUACGUAUAUGUAUAAAUGAACAUUUA